CCAAACUUCUUGAAAAUGAAUUAAUUCUUCAGUAAAUCAGGAGGAGACCGGUAUAACUCAGAGUGCAAAAUGAAAAUUCUAGUGGUUUUCAUCUCUCUAUGCACGUUUAUCGCUAUUGCAGGUUCAGCUUCAGUUGAAAAUCUUGAAAAAGAACUACGAGAGAAAAGACAGGCUGACAAUGGUCCGCCAAAUACAAAUGAACUACCGCUAGCCCCCAGCGGCCCACCCGACGUGUCAUCACCAAGUGGCCCACCUGGCCCGCCACCACCAAGAGGCCCUCCUGGCCCGCCACCACCAAGAGGCCCUCCUGGUCCGCCACCCCCAAGGGGACCACCUGGUCCACCACCACCAAGGGGUCCGCCUGGUCCGCCACCUCCACAAGAAGAUGGUCCACCACCAUCUGAUGACUACCCAAUUUCAUGCAGUAACUAUGAUGACCACGGUGAAGAUGGAGAACCCGGCGUAUCAGACGGCCAAGAACAAGGCGGUGGAGAAAGAGAAGGCCGAGGACAAGGCGGUCGUGGACAAGGCGGUCCUGGACAUGGCGGUCGUGGACAAGGCGGUCGUGGACAAGGCGGUCGAGGACAAGGCAGAGGAGGACGAGAAGUACAAAGACCAGGAAAUCGGGGACAAGGUCGUGGUGGUGGUAAUCAAGGGGGAGUAGAAUCUCAAAAUCGAAGGGCGCAAAACGCACGAUCAUCUCGUCGUCAAGGAAAAAGUGGACGUUCAGGCAGAGUAGGUAAUCAACGACAAAGAAGUGCAGGAAAUCGACGAUCAAAUCGAACACCACGUCGAAACCAAAAAAGUGGUAGUCAAGGACGCCGUCGUCAAAGAAGCGGUCGAUUAGGCCAACGCUCUGCCCGCAGAGGAGCAAAGAGGGCCCGGCGUCCAAGAGCCCGUAGUGCAGGACGUAGGCGACAAAGGGGAUAAAGCAUUCAAAACUGGAGUUUAAUUUGGAAUUUCCCAAAGAAGUUGAUAUUUUUUUUGGCUUUCAAUAUAUUCCAUUUGACACUCUC